UUUUUUUUUUCUUGGUUGCUUUUUACAAUGUCUACCACUGGUCAAGUUAUUAAAUGUCGCGCUGCCAUUGCCUGGGAAGCUGGAAAACCUCUUUCCUUAGAAGAAAUAGAAGUAGCUCCUCCAAAAGCACAUGAAGUUCGUAUAAAGAUCCUGUAUUCUGGCGUGUGUCAUACUGAUGAUUAUACUCUCUCUGGAAGUGAUCCUGAAGGUGUUUUUCCCUCUAUUCUCGGUCAUGAAGGUGGUGGUAUUGUGGAAUCCAUUGGUGAAGGUGUUACUGAUGUUGCAGUAGGUGAUCAUGUGAUUCCUCUAUAUACAGCUGAAUGUCGAAAGUGCAAGUUCUGUCUUAGUGGAAAGACUAACCUCUGUCAAUCCGUUCGCGCCACUCAGGGUCGUGGUUUGAUGCCUGAUGAAACUACCCGAUUCACCUGCAAUGGCAAGCCUAUUUAUCAUUAUAUGGGAUGUUCUACUUUCUCGGAAUAUACUGUUGUUGCCGAUGUAUCUGUUGUCCGGGUUGAUCCUAAACCUAGUUUACAAAAGUUAUGUUUGUUGGGUUGUGGUGUUACUACUGGUUUCGGUGCUGCCACCAAAACUGCAAAGGUUACUGAAGGUUCUACUGUUGCCAUUUUCGGUAUGGGAUGUGUUGGUUUGAGUGUUGCUCAAGGUGCUGCCUAUAAUAAGGCCAGUCGAAUCAUUGCCAUCGAUACAAAUCCUGGUAAAGAGAAGAUUGCUCGUGAAUUUGGUGCCACAGACUUCAUCAAUCCCAAGGAUCACAAUAAACCUAUUCAGCAGGUGUUGGUGGAAUUGACCGAUGGUGGAUUGGAUUAUACUUUUGACUGUACUGGUAAUGUAGAAGUAAUGCGUGCUGCAUUGGAAGCUUGUCACAAGGGAUGGGGUGAAUCUAUCAUCAUUGGAGUUGCUGCUGCUGGCAAGGAAAUCGCUACUCGUCCUUUCCAAUUGGUGACUGGUCGUGUCUGGCGUGGAUCUGCAUUUGGUGGUGUCAAGGGAAAGACUGAUAUGCCCAAAUUGGUGCAAGAAUAUGUGGAUGGAAAACUCAAGGUGGAUGAAUUUGUCACUCAUACUUUCGAUUUACAAGAAAUCAACAAGGCGUUUGAAGCAAUGCAUAGUGGUACUUGUAUUCGUGCUGUAUUAACUCUUCAAUCUGAAUGAAUGGAAUGGAUAUAGUUGUAAUUUAGUUAAUCUUCUUUGUUGUUGAAUAAAAAAAAAUCGUUUUUUUUUUUGUUUGUUUGUUUA